UCUUUCUUUCUUUCUUUCUUUCUUUCUUUCUUUCUUUCUUUUUUUUUUUUUGAGACAAGGUUUCUCUGUGCAGCCCUGUCUUCCUGGAACUCUUUCUGUAGAUUGGGACUGCAGCUCAGAUACACUUGCGUUUGCUGUGGAUUGGAAUUUAAGGCAUGUGCCAUCACAGCUUUGUAUCUUUCUACAUUAGUGAGGUUUGUUUAGUAGAGGUUGUUUAGUAAAUUUUUGUCCACACAUAUGUUAUAAUAUAAUUUUCCAGAUCCCUUUAUAUUCAUUUUGGCUUAUGUCAUUAGCUGCAAUGCCGAGACUCAGUUUCCUCACAUUCCUAUUACACUGUUUUUAUAUAUUAGUAUUAUUAUUUUGUUAUUAUUAUUGUUUUCUUUCUUGCUUUCUUUCUUGUUUUGUAAAGAAUGUAUUUUCUUUCAGUCGGUUUCUGGCUUCUUUCCCAGAAAACAGAGAUUAGGUGUUGCCUAGCAACCUUGAUUUAAAUUGAAAUUCCCUUCUUUCCCAGCGAAAACAACUGUCUUGCUUCCAAGUCCUGGGCAACUUUACACUGUUGCCUAGCAACGUCGUUUCCGAUGAUGUGAUUGGACUACUCUCUCCCAUCGGUUCCUGGUCAGAAAGAACAGAAUUUAUUAACUUAAUCUCUGUGUCAGACCUCUAUGGCAGGGCACGCGUUGCCUAGCAACCGGGUUCCCGAACUCCCUUUAGCCCGGAGUCGGAAACAAGAUUUCGACUCCAAGAUGGUGGCCGGAUGUGCUGUUUUUCGUUUUAUUUCGUGCUUGAUGUUGUGCACAAAAGUUUGUUCGACUUCAAGAGGCCCUUAAAAGGGCUCGUUGUGCCCAUUCUGAGAGUUUCAUGCUGUUGGUAUGCGCCAAGGUAGAGAUAAAACCACCACUCCCAAGAUGCCCCGCACAAACAUGGCCGUAUCAGCAUCAGCAGAAGUUGCCAGACGUCCGGCGGGAGUGCGCGCACCGCGCAAGCGCACUUCUGUUCGUCCCGGGACGGCGACGGCCUCUGCGGCGCUGGCGGCGGCGGCGGCGGCGCGGGGCAUGGUCCCCGGAUCCGAAGGCCCGGCCCGGGCCGGGGGCCUGGUCGCUGAUGUGGUGUUUGUGAUCGAGGGGACGGCAAACCUGGGGCCGUACUUCGAGGGACUCCGCAAGCACUACCUGCUGCCCGCCAUAGAGUACUUCAACGGAGGACCACCCGCAGAGACGGACUUUGGGGGAGACUAUGGCGGAACCCAGUACAGCCUUGUGGUGUUCAACACAGUAGACUGCGCUCCAGAGUCCUAUGUACAAUGCCAUGCUCCUACCAGCAGUGCCUAUGAGUUUGUCACCUGGCUCGAUGGCAUCAAGUUCAUGGGUGGUGGUGGCGAGAGCUGCAGUCUCAUUGCUGAAGGUCUGAGCACUGCUCUGCAGCUGUUUGAUGACUUCAAGAAGAUGCGUGAACAGAUCGGCCAGACCCACCGAGUCUGUCUCCUCAUCUGCAACUCCCCCCCAUACCUACUGCCUGCCGUGGAGAGCACCACAUACUCAGGCUGUACGACGGAGAGCCUGGUGCAGAAGAUAGGAGAGCGUGGUAUCCACUUCUCCAUCGUUUCUCCAAGAAAGCUGCCAGCACUUAGGCUUCUGUUUGAGAAGGCGGCUCCUCCUGCCCUACUGGAGCCAUUGCAGCCCCCAGCAGACGUCAGCCAGGACCCCAGGCACAUGGUACUUGUGCGUGGGCUCGUGCUGCCUGUUGGCGGCAGCUCAGCCCCAGGCCCUCUGCAGCCCAAGCAAGCCGUUCCCCUGCCACCAGCUCCAACUUCAGCUGCCACGCUCUCAGCAGCCCCCCAGCAGACCCUGCCCCCGGUCCCACCACAGUACCAGGUCCCUGGGAACCUAAGUGCUGCUCAGGUGGCUGCGCAGAAUGCUGUGGAGGCUGCCAAGAACCAGAAGGCCGGGCUGGGCCCACGCUUCUCACCCAUCAACCCUCUCCAGCAAGCUGCUUCAGGAGUGGGGCCCCCCUUCAGCCAGGCCCCGGCACCCCCAUUAGCUCCUGGGCCCCCUGGAGCUCCCAAGCCACCUCCUGCCUCACAGCCUAGCCUAGUCUCCACUGUGGCCCCUGGACCAGGCCUGGCAGCCCCGGCUCAGCCUGGGGCUCCGUCUAUGCAGGCAGGCACUGUGACCCCAGGUGGGGUCAGUGGUCCUUCACCAGCCCAGCUGGGGGGUCCUGCACUUGGUGGGCAACAGUCAGUAUCCAACAAGCUCCUAGCCUGGAGUGGCGUCCUUGAGUGGCAGGAGAAACCCAAGCCUGCAUCCGUGGAUGCCAACACCAAGCUGACAAGGUCUCUGCCUUGUCAGGUCUAUGUGAACCAUGGAGAAAACCUGAAGACUGAGCAAUGGCCCCAGAAACUGAUCAUGCAGCUCAUCCCUCAGCAACUGCUGACCACCCUGGGCCCGCUGUUCCGGAACUCGAGAAUGGUCCAGUUCCACUUCACCAACAAGGACCUGGAGUCCCUCAAAGGCCUCUACCGCAUCAUGGGCAAUGGCUUUGCCGGCUGCGUGCACUUCCCACAUACAGCCCCGUGCGAGGUGCGCGUGCUCAUGCUCCUGUACUCGUCUAAGAAGAAGAUCUUCAUGGGCCUCAUCCCCUACGACCAGAGUGGCUUCGUCAAUGGCAUCCGCCAGGUCAUCACCAACCAUAAGCAGGUCCAGCAGCAGAAGCUAGAGCAGCAGCGUGGGAUGGGGGCACAGCAGGCACCUCCAGGCCUGGGCCCCAUUCUGGAGGACCAAGCGAGGCCCCCGCAGAAUCUAUUACAGCUCCGUGCACCACAGCCUCAGCCUCAGGGUGCUGUGGGAGCUUCUGCGGCUACAGGGCAGCCCCAGCCCCAAGGUACUACCCAGGCCCCAACAGGGGCACCCCAAGGUCCUCCUGGAGCAGCCCCUGGCCCACCUCCUUCUGGACCCAUCCUUCGACCCCAGAACCCUGGAGCCAACCCCCAGCUGCGGAGCCUUCUCCUUAAUCCAGCACCGCCCCAGACUGGGGUACCCCCACCCCAGGCCUCCCUACACCACCUCCAGCCUCCAGGGGCCCCUGCAUUGCUGCCGCCACAUCAGAGCCUGGGGCAGCCGCAGCUAGGGCCGCAACUCCUGCACCCUCCACCUACCCAGUCUUGGCCCACACAGCUACCCCAGAGGGCGCCACUGCCAGUGGCCAAACGAAAGAGAGAAGGAGAGGGCCGCGUGUUUCGAGAAAAAUGGGAGCGAGACUAUUUCUUUGUGGAAGUGAAGAGCAUGCCUACGUGCUUAAUAUGCAAAAAAAACGUGUCAGUGCUGAAAGAGUACAACCUGAAGCGCCACUAUGAGUCCCAGCACAGCAGGAGCUACGGUCAGUACACAGCGCAGAGCCGCGACACACUCCUGCAGGAACUCAAGAGGGCCCUCCGAGCCAGCGAGGCUUUGGAGAGCCAGGAAUAGCCAUGCAGUGCAGUGGAGAAAAGAACUGUCAUCAAGGCUGUCCUGUGAGUCUGACAAGCUUUUGCAGGCUGAAGCACACAGGAGUCAGAGGCCUUACGGAUCCAGUUGCCUGAACCACAGCAGUGGCCUUUUGAUGGCUGCACAGAAACUCUGAGCACAUGGUUAGCUUUAUUUAUUUGUGGUGGUGGUGAUCUCCAUGCAACCGAGGUAGUCUGUGAGGUGGCGCCAAGCCAGCCCCUGACUUUGAAGUGGCUUGCUCUUGUGCAUGCAGACAUCAGAUUCAUAAGCACAGCUACAGUCCCCUCAUGGUGGUCGGGCUGUCCGUUGUGGGGCUGUCCCAUACCUCCGUCCCACUCAUGGUGGUCGGGCUGUCCAUCGUGGGGCUGUCCCAUACCUCCAUCCCAAGUGGCACUGUUUGCCAGGACCCAGCUCAGAUCCUAGUCUCAGUAACCAGGAAUUGAGAUGCUCAAAGAAACACCAUGACGCCUUGACUCGCAUUCCUGUACUUGAACUGAGCCAGUUGCCUGAGACCAGGACAUGCAGGGAAUCUGAACUGGCCUGUUCAGUUCACUUCAGAGUGUGCCGAGCCGAGCCCUGGUUCCCUGGAGGGAACCUGGUUAGACACGUUUGGUUGAAGUUCCCACCCUUGUGAACACUGACUCUGUCUCAGAAGGACAUUCACGAACAGCUCCUGAAUGUAUGACUGGGGUGUGAUCCUGGCAGAUGGAUGCCUUUUCGAGCAAUAGUGGGACUGCCUAUCCUUGCUGCAGCUGGUUUCUGGAAAUGAGAGGCGGCCAGGACCAGUUACCCACACUGUGAGACCCAAGACCAAGUUCCCCGAGGGCCAUAUUCUACUUGAACUUGAGCUAACACUGGCUAGCUCGCCUUACGAUGAUGUGAAUGCAGACCCCAGUCCGAGUUGCAGUGCAACAGGGUGCAUGCAGUUCUGCAAGAUGGCGAGGAUCCUUUACCUCUGUCCAGCAGUAUCCUGAGUGUUUGGCUGCCCACACUUGUGACAGUCACUGUUUUCCGUUACUAAAUCAAAAAACUCCGUUUUAAGGAUUAAGGUUGAAAUUUCACCUGCCCAUCUCUCUGUCCCAACCAAUGCCAGCACUGACACCUGGGUGUAGAAGGGCAGGUGUCAACCUUCCACUCAAAAGGCACAAGAGAAUUACAAGAGAGAAAUUUUAAUAACUAAAUAUUUCUAUUUUUCAAUUUGUAUUUUUUCAAUUUUGAAUUUAAAGUAUGAACUCUAGUAUCAUACGUGUUUGUGUUGUAUUCCGUGCGUUCACCAUAGCUCAGUAAAGAUCCAAUUUGAUUAUC